UUGACAAGCGCACCGGCAGCAUGGCGGAAUGGGACUUGACUUCGCGAAUGGGACAGUAUUUAGACCGUCAUUUGGUCUUCCCUUUACUAGAAUUUUUAUCUGUGAAAGAACUGUAUGAUGAAAAACAGAUGUUAAAAGGGAAGUUGGAUCUUCUCAGUAAUACAAACAUGGUGGACUUUGCAAUGGAUGUUCAUAAAAAUUUAUAUCCUGACAAAGAUGUUCCACAAACUCUAAAGGACAAAAGAACUGAUGUAGUAUCACAGUUGAAAUAUUUACAGAGUGAAACCGAAAUUAUCACAAAAAUAUUUGAAGACCCAGAGGUCAUUAGACAGGUCCAGAGUUCAAGAGAUGGGAGACAACUCUUUGAAUUCCUAAGUAAAGAAUUUGGGUUUCAAAGUAAAAUGAUUGACACUCUAUACAACUUUGCAAAGUUUCAAUAUGAAUGUGGAAACUAUUCUGGUGCAGCAGAGUAUUUAUACUUUGUCAGAGUUCUGUUACUGUCUACAGAUAAGAACUUUUUAGAUGCUCUGUGGGGUAAGCUUGCCUCUGAGAUACUUAUGCAGAACUGGGAAACAGCAUUAGAUGAUUUAACUAAACUGAAAGAAAUCAUUGAUGGAAAUACUUUUGGAUCAGCUUUACAAAAUUUACAACAGAGAACAUGGUUGAUACAUUGGAGUUUAUUUGUUUUCUUCAAUCAUCCAAAAGGACGAGAUCUUAUCAUAGAUAUGUUCCUGUAUCAGCCAUUGUAUCUUAAUGCUAUACAGACCACCUGUCCACAUAUACUGAGGUAUUUAACAACAGCAGUUAUCACCAACAAAAGUAGACGGAGGGUUGUACUCAAAGAUUUAGUCAAAGUGAUUCAACAGGAAUCCUAUACAUAUAAAGAUCCAAUCACAGAGUUUGUAGAAUGUCUGUACGUCAACUUUGAUUUUGAUGGAGCCCAGCAGAAACUCAGAGAAUGUGAAGAAGUUUUAGUGAAUGACUUUUUCUUGGUAGCCUGUUUAGAAGAUUUCAUAGAAAAUGCCAGACUGUUGAUAUUUGAGACUUUCUGUAGAAUCCAUGAAUGUAUCAGUAUAAGAAUGUUGGCUGAGAAGUUGAAUAUGACAGAAGAAGAAGCAGAAAGAUGGAUUGUUAAUUUGAUACGAAAUGCCCGUCUAGAUGCUAAAAUUGAUUCUAAACUUGGUCAUGUUGUAAUGGGAACACAAGCUAUUUCCCCUUACCAACAAGUUAUCGAGAAGACUAAAACAUUGGCAUUUAAAUCUCAGAUGUUAGCUAUGAAUAUAGAGAAGAAAUUAGGUCUUAAAACAGACACUACUACAAAUACCUGGGGUCAAGAAUAGUUGCCAUAGAAACCAGUUAUCAGCAUUAAAGUCCUGUUCAAUAAAUUAGACUGUCAAGUGUUGAAAUAGAACUGAUAUUUUUAAAAAUAGAAAAUGACAUUAAAAUAUAAAAUCCAUCAUAUGCUGUCAAUAAUAAAUUAUUAUUCUCGGAAA